UUCCUUCAAAUAUUCAUGUUAAUAAAUCCGACAAUGUCAUCAUCGUUCGGCACCGAUUACGGUGAUAAAUUAUCGUUCAUAGCCGAAUGGUUCGACUUCGAUUCGGCCUACCAGAAGCGACUGCUCCUGAAUUACUACCCCGUCGAUAGCACGGUCGAGCUCUACGACAUCGACCUCAAGCGCCCCUUCCUCAAGCGCUCCUUCUACGAGUGCAUCAGCCGCGACGACGUCUUCGUGGGCAACAAGGUCCGCAUCUACGACCGCCAGUUAAAAAUCGUCGAUUAUGCCGAUUGCCGCACCAAAACAAUCAUCGGCAACACGCGCCAGCACACCUUCGGCGUGAUCAAAGUCAGCGUCAUCGACAAAAUCGGCGAGAUUUUCAACCAAAUCCAGGACCGCCACUUCGAAAUCAUCAACGUGCGGAUGUGCCGCUUGAAGCAGGCCGAAUGCUUGGAGCUGUACGACCACCUCCGCGGCUCCGCUUUCCUGCCCUUCGUGGUGGACCACAUGACCUCGGGCCCUGUGGUGGCGCUCCAGCUGGUAGGGGACAACGCCAUCGAGCGCUGGAAGGCCAACGUGGGCCCCACCGACCCCCUGGAGGCGCGCCAAACCGCCCCCGACACCCUCCGGGCCAUCUACGGCCUGGAGAAGGCCUCCAACGCGUUCCACGCCGCCGAUAAUUGCGACGCCGUCACGAAAAAGCUCAACUUGUUCUUUCCCUCCGAUCCGGGGCUGCGCCCCCCCGAAACCACCCUCCAGCUCCAGAACAGCACUUGUUGCGUCAUCAAGCCGCACGCCAUCAGCGAGGGGAAGUUGGGCUACAUUAUCAGCUUCAUAACGGAUGCCAAGUUCAAAAUUACGGCGAUGCAAACGUUUUACUUCAGUAAUGCCAACGCUGAGGAGUUUCUGGAGGUGUAUAAGGGGGUUGUGAGCGAUUUUCACGCCUUGCUGAUGAGUUUUUUGGACGGGCCGUGCAUAGGGUUGGAGAUUUCCGGGAAGAGCGAGGAUGUGGGGGAUGUGCAUGGGGAGUUUCGGAAGUUUUGUGGCCCGAAUGACCCAGAAGUUGCAAGGCAGAUUAGGCCGAAUACGCUGAGGGCCAGGUUUGGGCUAGAUAAGUACAAAAAUGCAGUGCACUGCACGGAUUUGAAGGAGGACACUGAACUGGAAUUGGAGUAUUUGUUUAAAAUAUUAAGCUGACUAUCACAAUAAAGAGAUAUUUUGCAAAA